AUGCUCAGGAUUCGGCUCGGUGACUCCACGGUCGAAUACAACGAGGAAUUCCGCCUCUACAUCACGACGAAGCUCCCCAACCCGCACUACUCGCCGGAAAUCUGCGUGCAGGUCACGUUGCUGAACUUCAUGGUGACGCCGGAUGGGUUGCAGGAUCAGAUGCUGGGCAUCCUCGUCGCCAAGGCGUGCCGGAAAAGAGCCUUUGUCAGUCUUGGGUUUUGCGACUGCCGCGGAGCACGUCAUGGGGGCUUGCCAGGAAGAGCCAGAAGUGGAGAAGAAGCGACAGAAUCUGCCCCUCCGCUGCGUUCGCUGGACAAGCGUGCCAUCGAAUCCCAAGCUGCGCUCAGGAUCAUCGAGAGUGCGCAGAGCAAGGCGCAGCUCAAAGAAAUCGAGGCCCGGGAAACGGCGGGAACGGAGUCUGAAUGCAAGGUGAGUUCAGUUUCUGAAAGGAAGAGCAGAUUCAGGAUGUGUGGCCUGCAGGCACCUGAGGUUGUAGCCAAGGCUUCCGUCGUCAUGGCAUACCAGUUGCAUCCCGUUGCUGGAGCUCGCGGCGUGUUGGCAGUUUCAGAAGUAGACAUUCAAUGUCGGCGCAGGACAAGAUCCUCGAGCUGCUCUCAAAUUCCAAGGGCAACAUUUUGGAUGACGAGGACACGUGGCUGUCGAGUUGCGAGGAGUUGUCCUCUCCCCAUUUAG